CCAAACACAAGCAAAAUUUGUGAAAACUGUUGCGGACUGUCGCGAAAAACCGCUAAAAACCCCGGAAACAGAAGAAAUAGAAGAAACACGUCAUUGAAAUAUGCAACACUAGAGUGGGCAAUCGGGAAUCACUGAAAAAACCAACGCGGAGCGCUCGAGGAACAGCAGCCAGCAAUCAUGGCACCCACCCCCUUGCCCCUCCCCCUGCCCCUCGAACAAAUGCCCGGCGUCGGCGGCGGAGGAGGCGGCUAUUUGCCCGCUGGCCAGGAGGGCGGCCCACGGAUCAACACGAUGUCCAUGUCGGUGCUGAUCGACUUCAUCAUCCAGCGCACCUAUCACGAACUCACUGUACUGGCUGAACUGUUACCCCGCAAAACGGACAUGGAGCGCAAGGUGGAGAUCUACGACUAUGCGGCCCGCACCCGCCAUUUGUUCACCCGCCUGAAUGCGCUGGUCAAGUGGGGCAACUCGGUGUCCAAGGUGGACAAGUCGUCGCAGAUAAUGAGCUUCCUGGACAAGCAGAACAUGCUCUUCGUGGAGACCGCCGACAUGCUGGCCCGCAUGUCUCGCGAAACUCUGGUUCGAGCCAGGUUGCCCAACUUCCACAUACCCGCCGCCGUGGAAGUCCUGACCACGGGCACUUACAAUCGACUGCCCACCUGCAUUCGGGAGCGGAUUGUGCCCGCCGAUGCCAUUACGCCGGCGGAAAAGAGGCAGACGCUGCUCCGCUUGAACCAGGUCAUACAGCACCGCCUGGUCACUGGAAAAUUGCUGCCGCAGAUGCGGGAAUUUCGCAUACGAAACGGACGAGUCACCUUCGAGGUAAAACACGAGUUCAGCGUGGCCCUUACUGUGAUGGGCGAUAGCCCCACGGUUCCCUGGCGACUCCUAGACAUCGAUGUGCUCGUGGAGGACAAAGAAACAGGGGAUGGCAAAUCCCUGGUGCAUCCCCUGCAGGUAAACUACAUCCAUCAGCUCAUCCAGGCACGUCUGGUGGAGAAUCCCAAUGCCUUAAGCGAGGUCUACAACUGCCUGCACUACUUCUGCCAAUCCCUGCAGCUGGAGGUUCUGUACACGCAGACACUUCGUUUGAACUACGAAAGACUAGACGACAACAACAUCACGGUGGAGGAGUAUGUGCCGGGCGUAAAGUUGACGGUGUCUUACUGGCGGGACCUGAAGUCGGAGCUUGGCUACCGCCUCACCGUUCAGUCGGACCCCAGCGAAAUCGGGCGUCCACUGGCGGUGGUUCAUGUGCCCUCACUUGGCGCCAAGGAGUCUGCGGAGGUGGCAGAUCGGGCCGUGCGCUCCGAGCAUCUUUCAAUGGAGCGCCUUAUUGUCCACACCGUCUACAUAAGAUCUGUGUCCCGGCUGAGCGAUCUCAAGCUGGAAUUCCAAGCCUUCCUAAAGGAUGUUGACUUUAACCUACAAGGAACACCCGCCAUUUUGACCGUGCCCGUGCUUUCUCCUUGCUUGAGGGCCGAGCAGAUCCACAUCACCAUCGACACACACACGGGCAUGUUCCGCUGCCAUGUGCCCAAGCAUCUGGACUGCCCCAUUACGGAGGAGAUGCAGGAUUGCCUUAACGGAGAUCGCAGCAAACUGCCUGCGUUGCUCUCGGAGCUGCGCUUCUGGAUCACCCAUCGCAGAUGCGACAAGACGCUGCAGCAUCUUCCUGCCACGGCCACCGAAACACUUCCCUUUCUGACUCAACCGGAGCAGGAGCUUUUGCAGCCGGGCAGGCACAAGAUUUACGUCAAGCUGCACAGGCAUCCCAAUAUUGUGCUGGUGGUUCAACUCAAAGAGAAGACAACCAUGCCCAAUGAAAUGGAGUACACCUUCCACCUGGGUUUCGUGGCCUUCCAAAAGGACGAGCUGGAUGUGAUAGACGACUCCGCCAAGCAGCUGGUAUCUGUGGUGGCCCAGCCGCACUCGGACAUUCCAAAGUGUUACACCAAGCUGAUGCGCCUCAUCGAAUUUGACACAUUCGUGGCCACACACGGACCAGGAACCGAAGUGGAUGCGGAAGUUUCCCCACACAAACGAAAGUCGAACGGGGAUCUGCUGGCGCCGCCUGCCAAGCAGCAAAAGACCAUUUUUCCCGCCUACUUCAUUCCCGAGUUGGCUCAUGUGGUGGCCAUGUGCGACGAGAAGAUCCCGUUCAUGAAUCUCGCCCAGACGCUGUCCAAACACAAUAUACCACACAGCGGGCUACAGGUGGAGGCGAAUGCCACUUCGCUAGUGCUCAAGAUUCUGGCCUUGCCACAACCUGGAAAGAUAAGCUUUGGAAAUCAGCAGCAGCAGCAGCAGGGAGCAGCUGGUGCUGGUGCUGGAGCCGUCGAAAACAAGCCAAGUGGCGCCUCUGGCCUUCCAAAAAUCGAGCCCCAUGUCUGGGACGAUCUGACGCGCCGCGUUUUGUCCAUUUCGGUGCGAUCGCAGACCAACAAGAACAGCCAGGUGCGCAUCUGGGUGGUGGAGUUUGUCUUCUACAGCACUCCGCUGCAGAGCAGCCACCAGAAGGAGCAGGGCAGUCGGCGAACCGUCUACCUUACCUACGAACAGGCCAACCAUGACUUCUCCAAAACGGUCGAGGAUUUGCUCAACGACUGGUCAAAAAUCGUGUACCUUUACACGCUGGUUCACGACUUUGCCGAGCAGCUUCGAAACAAACGCCUUUCUCUGUGUGACAUGCUGGUGGUCAAGUCGUAUAGCUACAUGAACCUGCUACUUGGCUACGGACCCAAAAAGGAGGUGAGCUGCAAUAUCUACUGGUCGGUGCAGUCCCACGGCUUCCGUUUGACUUUCGUGGGCGGCAUGUCGGCGGUUAAUGCGCACUCAAUGAUGCGCGACCAGCUGGCGCAGCACUUGAACCAGCAGCACAGUCUCACCCAGAUUGCCCAGAUCCUGCACGAGACCUACAAUCCAAUGAGCUCCAUUGCCAAGCUGCCGGUGCUGCCUUUCUUGGGAAUACCGCGUCCCCAAGUGCCUGUGCUAUCGUUUUGCAUGCUGGCCCAAUCGCCUUGCCUGAUGAGAUUGACCUACCAGGCCGUCUACUGUUUGGAACUUCGUUUUCGGGCCAACAGACUUGUCUCCAUUCGCGACGGAGCCAGCAGUCGCUUCGAGCGGAAUGUGGUGGAGGAGUUCACGCCCAUCCAGGGCCUCAAGGCCUUCCUCUCCAAGUACGUUGAUGAAUCGGCUGCGUAUAGAGGGCGUGCUGCCCACGAGGAUGACAAUCCGCUGUCACCCAUGGGAAUGGAGGACAACUUUGGUGGUCCCAGCAGUGUGGCCGGAGUAAGUGCUGGGGGAUCUUCGCCUUUUCUGGGCACUGGGAUGCGAGGACCGCAGUCGCCAAGGGACAGUGGCCUGCGUUUUCCCGCCCCACACACGCCGCCUUCCAGCUCCAAUCCUCACACUCCGGCCAGUCCGCAUCCAAGUGCCGGGGCAGGUGGGGCCGGUGGCAGUGGUGCCCAGGGUCAUGGCAACUUCAAUCUGACAUCCCCGCCAGCGCCGCAUAUGCCGCAUCCCUCGCCCAGCGGAUUGAUGCCCUCGUCUCCGCUGAAUCCUCAGCCCAGUCCACAUAUGGUGCACAGUCCAGGACCCAACACUCUGUACAUGCAGAGCCACCAGGAUUCUCCCUUCACGGCCAUGUCGCCGGCUAAUAAUAACUGGCCCGGAUCGCCCAGUAUGCCAAGGCCUUCGCCACGACCUGGUCAGAGUCCGGAGCACAAGAGCACAGGCGGAGGAGCCCCUCCCAAUGCAGCGGAUAGGGGAGGCGCACGGGGCACUCUCAAUCGCCCCUGGGCUGGAGCUGUGCCCACCCUUCUCACCCACGAGGCUCUGGAGACCCUGUGCCGACCCAGUCCGCAUCCCAACAAGGACAUCAACGUGCCGGACAUGAGUCCGCUGGAGCGCUUCCUGGGCUGCGUUUACAUGAGGCGGCAAUUGCAUCGCAACAUUCAAAGUGAGGAAACUCUAACAGCCCUGAACAGCACGGAGCCGGGAGUGGUGCUUUUCAAGGUGGAUGGACUUCAGUGCCAGGUGGUGCUGAACCAAAUGCACAUGCAGACGCUGCACUUGAAGAUCUCGCAGCUGCCGCCCAUGCCGGACAAGCUGCCGCCGCCGUUCCAACUCAGUCAGGACGAUCUGAUGGUGAUAGAGCAGUACUUUGACACCCGGGUGGCCGCUCCACCCUACAGACCCAACUCGUUGCACUCCAUUUGCCGGCUCCUCAAUCUGCCCGCCCAGGUUCUGAAGGAUUUUGUCCAGAUCAUGCGUUUGGAACUGAAGCCCGAGCUCGGAGGCGACCAGCUCAAGUGGACGGUGCAGAUGUGCAUGCGCAUGCCGCCCUCUGCGGUGCCCAUUGUGCCCAGUGGCAAUGCCUGUGUGGUGCUGGGGCGCAUGAAGAUCCUGUUCUUCCUGCAGAUCACACGGAUUACCUACGGCGCCGGCAUGGGCGGGGGCAAGGACUGGAAGGACAGCCCCUCGCUCGUGCUGCCCAUCGUCUACGACAUCCAGACGAACGUAACCCAGCUGGCCGAGCGAACUGGGCAGGUGACCUCGCCCACCAUGACCGCCGCCAGCACGAUGCUGCGCCGCUUCGCCGAGUUCAAUGCGCAGCAGAACCAGUGCACCCUCUUUCCGGCCAUAACGGAUCUGCUGACCAACCUCCAGCUGGCCGCCGAGAUGCCCCAGCCACCGCCCAAUCAGUCCAUCGGACCGCCAGUGGGUGUGGGCGUUGGUGUGGGCUCCAGUCCGAACCCCAUGAUGCAGCCCAUGCAGCAGCUGCAGCCGCAGCAGGUGGGAGGUGGACCCCAAGGACCCGUCGGUGGCUACCCGCAGAUGGGCCCCAAUCCCGGUGGUCCGCAGUGAUGAAGGCGCAAGCGCCGCGCCUCCUCGCAGCAGCCGUGAGAGGCUGGGAGCCUGUGAGCUGGCCAUCGGAACGGCGAUCGAUUAUUUGUUAAGGAAUUUACUGGAUAAAAUAUAUAUACAUCUACUCGGCGGGGGUGAGUCGAUUUUGGAAUCGUAGAAAUCGUAGCAAAGGGAAAGUAAUCCAUGAAAAGUUUCGAAACUCCACAUAGGUUACUUUCCGCCUCUAUACAUUUUUAUAUAUGCCCCGAAAUCGAUCCACUCUGCAGUACUUUAUUUAGUUAGUGAUACUACACAAUUUGGCAAUGCCUGAUAGAGAUAUAAGCUUUGUCGAUGUCAUGUUCCUGUGGACCAAGGACCAUUAACAUUUCGCACUCUGCCUGUAGCCCAUCAUCUGAUCCCAAGAACACAGUAAAGAAUGCAACUUCAGACACACAUUUCAAAGAUCAGGUGCUAUAUACAGCACAUUUUAUUGUGCUGCAGUCCCUGAAUACAUGGGUAUGAAAACACGAAUUACACAUCCGAAAAUACAAAUUGUUAACUAAACAAGGCGGCUAGGUAUGUAAUAAAAAGACUAACAUUAAUUGAA